UUUUCCACCAAUAACAAAUGAACGUUCUAUUUCGAUUACUCCUAAACAACAUGAUCAAGAAAAAAAACUUAUUCCAAAAAUUGAUGCUGAUCUCAGUUCCUAUUGUCAUCGUGGCAUUGCUGUGUUAUAUGGUAUUAAUGAAACGAAAAUAUGUCUUUGUCCACCUAAUUAUUUUGGUAAUCAAUGUCAAUGGCAAAAUCAACGUAUUAGUUUGACUCUUCAAUUUCUUUGGCGUAGUACUGCAUCUAUUACUGUUAUAUUUCAAGUAAUUAUCAUGCUUAUUGAUGAAAAUGGACAAAUUGCACCUAAUUUUGAACAAAUUACAUAUAUGUCUUCUCGUGAUUGUAAUACAAAAUUUAAUAUCUAUUUACUUUAUCCAAAUCGACCAAAAAAUAUCUCUAGUAAUUAUUCAAUUCGUAUCGAUCUUUUCGAAAAAACAAACUUAAAUUAUUGGGCUAGUUGGUAUUUACCAAUAUCUUUUCCAUUUUUACCUGUUAAUCGAAUCGUUACUCAAUUAUUUAUUCCUGAAGUACAAGAAACAAUAUCAUGUUCUCUUUCAUGUGGAGAACAUGGUAAAUGUAUGCGAUAUAUAAAUGAAAAAUCAUUAUUUUUUUGUCAAUGUAAUCAAGGAUAUUCUGGUAUUCGAUGUGAAAUUUCACAUGAAUGUAAUUGUUCAAAUGAUUCAUAUUGUUUAGCUCCAUUUAUAUGUGUAUGUCCAUUAUAUAAAUUUGGUUCUUAUUGUUAUUUAAAACAUUCAAUUUGUAAAUUAUCAAAUAAUCCAUGUCAACAUAAUGGACUUUGUGUACCAAAUGAUGAUCGUAUUGACUUAACAGGAUUUACUUGUUUCUGUUCACAAGAUUAUUCAGGUACAAGAUGUGAAAAUAUAAAUAAUCAAAUUGAUAUACAUUUAUAUGAUGUAAGAAUAAUACCAACUUCAUUACUAUUUAUACAUUUUAUUACAGCAUUCAAAGAUGCUGAACAUCAACGAACAACACUUUUGAAAAAAAUUCAUUAUAAUCAACAUAUUCUAACAUUACAUGUAUCACAACCAUUUAAUAUUCUUCUUCUUGAAAUACCUCAUCAAGAUUAUUAUAUAGGAAUACUUCGAGAAAUAUUUAUACCUUCUGAAUAUAUUUAUACUGAAAUAAAAUCACAUCAACGUUGUUUUUCUAUUAAUAAACUUCUUAAUAGUACAUUUAUUAAUUUUGAAUAUCUUCGUCGAACAAAAUAUUAUCCACUUUUAUGUCGACAAUAUAUACAAAUGAUGUGUUUUUAUGAUAAUGAUCUUAUAUGUAUAUGUGAUCUUGAUCGAUUUUCUAAUUGUUUUUUUUUUAAUCAUACAAUGAAUUAUGAUUGUCAAGGUAAUAAUUAUUGUGAAAAUAAUGGUCAAUGUUUUCAAAAUAAUGAAACAUGUCCAACAAAAUCAACAUGUGAAUGUCAAGAUUGUUAUUAUGGUGCAAAAUGUCAAUUUUCAACUAAAGGUUUUCUUUUUUCUCUUGAUCCUAUUCUUGGUUAUCAUAUAAAACCAAAUGUUUCACUUAAUCAACAACCAUUAAUUAUUAAAAUAAGUAUUAUUAUUAGUACAAUUAUGUUAAUAUUAGGUUUAAUUAGUGGUUUUUUAUCAAUUAUUGUAUUUUAUAGAGUAAAACCAAGACAAGUUGGUACUGGUUAUUAUCUUUUAAUUUCAUCAAUUACAACAAUAUGUAUGAUUAUUGUAUUAACUAUUAAAUUUUGGCAACUUAUACUUUCACAAAUGUCAUUAAUAAAUAAUCGAUCUUUACUUAUUUUUAAUUGUAUUUCAUUAGAUUUUCUUCUCAAAGUUCUUUUAGCAUCAAGUGAAUGGCUCAAUGCAUGUGUAGCAACUGAAAGAAUGAUUAGUGUUAUUCAGAGUACUCGUUUUAAUAGACAAAAAAGUAAACAAUUAGCAAAAUUAGUUAUUUCAAGUGUAUUUUUCGUUACAAUAAUUACACAAAUUCAUGAUCCUAUUUAUCGUCAAUUAAUCGAUGAUAUAGAUGAUGAUGAACAAAGAAUUUGGUGUUUUGUUGAAUAUUCAUUUUCUAUUCGAAUAUAUAAUUCAUUUAUAACUCUCUUUCAUUUUCUUGUUCCUUUUUCAAUUAAUUUAAUA